AUGUUCUGUGCUGUUUAUACUGUUCAAAACUGGGAGGAGAUACAUGAUGCACUGCUUCCAGGACAAACCCCACAGGACCGACCAGACAUUGUGGUUCGAGUGUUUAGGGCCAAGCUGGAGACGAUGAAAGAGAUGCUGACCAAGAAGCAUAUCCUGGGCGUUGUGAAGGCCUACGUCUACGUGGUCGAGUUCCAGAAGAGGGGCCUCCCGCAUGCCCAUUUUCUAUUGAUCAUGGAUUCAAAAUAUAAGCUCAUUGUGCCAGAGCAGUAUGACCGCGUUAUAUCCGCUGAGCUACCGGACAAGAAUAAGUACCCGGAGCUAUACACCAUGGUCGUGAAGCAUAUGAUGUACGGCCCAUGUUGUGUCUUAAAGCCAAGCAACGUGUGCAUGCAAGAUGGGUCGUGCAAGUGUAGGUACCCUCGGGCGUUCAACGACACCACCGUACAGGGGAAGGACUCAUAUCCCAUUUAUCGGAGACGGAAGGACGACCGUUGUGCAAAGGUCCGAGGCCAAACGCUAGAUAAUAGAUGGGUUGUGCCUUACAACCCAUACCUCUUGCGGAUGUUUGACUGCCACAUCAACGUGGAGGUGUGCUCCAGCAUAAAGGCCGUCAAGUACCUAUAUAAGUACGUGUACAAGGGCCACGAUCAGACUUCGUUCAAUAUCGAGAAGCCCGACGCCGAAGGUAACAUAGACGAGAUCAAGAGAUUCGUUGACGCAAGGUGGGUUACUCCACCGGAGGCCAUGUGGAGGAUAUUCGGCUUCAAGCUCUGUGAGAACCACCCGUCGGUCCUACCGCUGCCGCUUCAUCUCGAAAAUAUGCAAAUGGUCACGUUCAAAGCGGGAGACAACCUAAACGACGUCGCCGCCAGACAAAACCCAUCCAUGCUGACGGAGUAUUUCGUGGCUAACGAGAAGCACGCGUGGGCUAGAGAUAUUCUUUACAAAGAUUUUCCGAGAAGAUUCACAUGGCAAAAAGCAAAGUACUGGAAAGAAAGGGACAAGGGUCAACAAGUAGGCCGAAUCGUAUCAGCCCAUCCUGCCGAGGGGGACAGAUACUUUCUAAGGGUGCUUCUAAAUCACGUACCAGGAUCAAGGUCCUUCGAAGAUCUCAAAACAGUGGACGGUGUGCUAUGUGAUAGCUUUCGUGAGGCCGCCGAGAGGAGGGGUCUCAUCGAGGCCGACAACACGCUCGACGAGUGUCUUACUGAGUCGGAGCAGUUCGCCAUGCCAGCCUCACUAAGGAGGCUCUUCGCAACGAUCUUGGUAUUCUGCGAGCCUAGAGAUGUGCGCGGCCUUUGGGAUAGACACCUUGAGGCGAUGUCCGAUGACUACCGGCGCGAACACACAUGCCCAAAAACAGUGGAACAGAAGGUGUUGCUUGAUAUCAGGGGCAUGCUGCAGUCCAUGGGCAAAGACAUAAAAUAG